AUGCGCAUGAUCAUUGUGGGCGCAGGCAUAGCGGGACUUUCCCUUGCGAUCGCUCUCGCGCAGAAUAAUUACAAGGUGUUGGUCAUCGAGUCCGCCUCUCAGUUAGCCGAGAUAGGGGCGGGCGUCCAAAUGACCCCGCAAUCUGUCAAGUACUUCUUUCAAUGGGGACUUAAAGAAGACAUACUGGCGCAGUGCAUUGUGCCAGAAAAACUGAAUAUUAAGGAUAAGAAUGGAAGCGUGCUGGGGGCGAUGCAGAUAGAUGCGAUGGAGGACUUGUACGGUGCGCCGUAUAUCGUUAUUCACAGGGCUUCACUACAUGAUAUACUUCAUCGCCAUGCUAUCUACGCCGGUGCGGAACUCAUAUUGGAUAGCAAGGUCACCCGAUAUGACUUUGAGAAUGGUGCAGUCGAAGUCAAGGGUGGGAAACGACUCGAGGCGGAUCUUGUUAUUGCUGCAGAUGGCAUUAACUCGUUUGCUCGCUCCCAGCUUCUAAUGUCUUCAGAUCCGGGAUCUCAUCCUACCGGAUGGGCGGCUCUCAGAAUGAUGGCCGAGGUGUCCAAGAUCCAACAAAAUCCCGCAACAGCGGAUCUGGUCAACCUCAAGUCGUACAAUUCCAACUUCUGGAUAGCACCGGAUAGGUCUUGCAUGACAUACCUGAUCAAGGAUGCUUCGAUGCUCAACAUAGUCCUAUCCCACCGCGACGACACUGACAUGUCCAAAUUGAGCUAUGAAGAUCUUAAGAAAGUCGUAGAUGAUCUUUUUGGCGACUUUGAAGAGCCUGUUCAACAACUCCUCAACCUGUCACUUCCAAAGAUUGUAAAUUACCCAGUUUAUGCAGUCCCACCACUUCCCUAUUGGACACAUCCAUCGGGACGCUUCACACUGCUCGGUGAUGCUGCCCAUGCUAUGGCGUUCUAUAUGUCUAUGGGCGUGAGCCUCGCCGUUGAAGAUGCCGUUUCUCUAGCAACAGUCCUCAAUCUUGCAUGUCCCGAUCCCAGAACGGUGCCAGAAGCGAUUCGGCUUAAAGAUGCGCUGACCGUGUUUGAAGUGGUUCGAAAACGCAGAGCUGUGAAUGUGCAGAGAGCAAGUCUUCGCGCAGGUGAUUCGCUCCAUGUGCCUGACGGCAAGGAGCGAGAAGCUAUGUAUGAGCUGAUGCGGCAUACCAACGAGGACUUUUGUUUACUAAAAGAGCAGCUUGAUUCAACCGAUGACGAGCGCGAUGAGAUUGAUCGGGCGAUUGGUGGAUUCGGGAAUAAGCAAACUCGCGAUUGGUGUUAUGGUUACGAUGCCGUCAGAGACGUGACAGACGCAUACAAAGCGAAGCUAGAUUAG